AUGGCGAAAAGAAAGAGACAACAAGCCGCUGCGGCUGAAGCUCCAGCAGCCACGAAACAAGUUGAAAAUAAAAAAGCAAAACGCACCCCGAGCACGACUACGAAAGCAAAUGGCAGCUCAUCUGUCACCCUGCUGCCCGAGACCCUUCAGAUCAUUGCAGGCUCCUACGACCAAGUGCUGCACGGCAUAACGGCGAAUCUACACAACAGUGCCGAGUGCCAAUUCGCCGACACAUUCCUAUUCAAUGCGCACAGCUCGGCGAUUCGCUGCGUUGCCGUGUCGCCCGUGUCGGCCAAAAUCUCCGGGCAGGCGCAAAAGGUGCUCCUCGCGACCGGCAGCACCGACGAGCGAAUCCACGUGUACAAUCUGUCUGCGCACCCGCCACCUCAGGAUAAGAAGGGACGGGCGCUGCUGGCGACGGUGGCGCCGCGGCCGAUCAUGGAGAACCCCAAGAACCGCGAGGUGGGCACGCUGCUGCACCACUCGUCGACGGUGACGGCGCUGCGGUUCCCGACGCGCGCCAAGCUGCUGUCGGCUAGCGAGGACUCGACGAUUGCGGUGACGCGAACGCGGGACUGGUCGGUGCUGAGCACGAUCAAGGCGCCCAUCCCCAAAGCUUUUGGGCGGCCGAGCGGCGACACGGCCCCGUUUGACGGCACGCCGUCGGGCGUCGUCGACUUUGCCAUCCACCCGAGCAUGAAGGUCAUGAUUAGCGUGAGCAAGGGCGAGCGCUGCAUGCGGCUGUGGAAUCUGGUGACGGGCAAGAAGGCGGGCGUGCUGAGCUUCACGCGGGACAUGCUCGUGCAGGCCGGCGAGGGCAAGCACGCGAGCGGCGAGGGGAGGAGGGUGGUUUGGGGCAGCGCGGACGGCGCGGACGAGUUUGCGGUGGCGUUUGAGAGGGAUGUCGUGGCGUUUGGCAUGGACAGCGUGCCAAAGUGCCGCGUCAUGCCGUUUAGGACCAAGGUUCACCAAGUCACUUACAUCAGCCUAAACAGCAAGGAAUCAGACGGACAAGAAGGGCAGAGCGGCGAUUCCGUCAUGGCAGUGUCUACCGAAGACGGCCGCGUGCUCUUCUUCUCGACCAAGGCGGACGACCUGGUUCAGCAGGAAAGCACCAAGGCCGCGGGCGAGGGCGAGGGGGAGGGCGAGAAGCUGCCUCUUGCCAAGCUCUUGGGACAGGUGGGCGGCAAGGACGCCGGCGUGACCAGCCGCAUCAAGGACUUUGCGGUGCUCCGCAGCGAAGUAAACCCGGGUCUGCUGUACGUCGCAGCGGCGAGCAGCGAUGGCAAGGUGCGCGUGUGGACAGUCAAAGACGAGGCGCUGCGCCGCGGGGGCCAGCAGGGAGAGCAAGUUGGCGAGCUCGCGGGCCUGUACGAGACGCACAACCGCAUCACCUGCCUGGCGGCGUUUGUCAUGAUUCCGCGGCCGGAUGAUGCCGAGGACAGCGAGGAGGAGCUUGAUGAGGAGGAUGAGGAGGAGGAGGGUAGUGAUGGCAGCGAUGAUGAGAGCGAUUAA